CAUCUGCUGCGAAGUCCCUUUUAAGAGGUAUUAUUGCGAAAAUGGCUCUGAGGUCAGAACCGAAACAAGUAAUGGAAAUAGGUUCAUUCAGGGCCAUGAAACUUUUUACAAACAGCAAAGCAACUGAUCAUGUUAGCCACUCCAUGUCCAGUUGAACCAAGUACAGUGAUCAAACCUUCCACUGUCAAUCUCGCUUUACAUCGAGGUCUGAUGACCUAAGUCUUCGACUUUGACGCACCAUCAGCAGGAUCCAUCACACCAGUGGCUUACAAGUUCCAACAGAGAUUCAGUCUAUCCAAACUGGUAUUCGUGCCUCUUGAAAGCUCCUAUAAUUAAAACUCAUUCUGCACUCUGUUGUUGCCAGCCAUUGCCAAUUCAAAAUUGAGGCACUCAUUUUCAGACUCAGGUAACAUCAAACUUGACAUAGAUUUAUGCUAUGCGGUUUGAUUUGAUUUCCAAGUUAUCAUUGGUAUAAUGAGUUAAUGAAAGUUGUCUUUCUAAAUGAAGAAAAUGCUGUUCGUUCAAAUUCAUGUCUUUAUGAGCUUCAGGAGGCAAACCUGACCUUAUAUCAUUCAUUGAUUGAAAUUAAUUGCCAUCAAUUUCUAACAACCCUUUGUACAUUAGCUGAAAUUUGUUGUUUCUAUAAAGUUUAAUUUACUUACUAAUACCACACUUUUAUAUGCACAAAAACUAAUAUUUUUUUCCCUUUUUUUCUGGGAUUUAUGAUCACUUUAAGGCCAUAAAAGAUAAUCCUGUUCUAAUAGAGGAUAUGCAGUGGGCAUUAGAGGAAGCUUAUAAUAAAUUAUGAUUAGUGGAAAGUGGGGUUAUCUGCGAGUCUAUAAUACUUGAUCAUCAUAAUUAUGUUCAUCAAUGUGGCCAUUGUUAUUAUUGAGUAAACUAAUGCCUCUGCACGAAUGGAAAAGCAAAAGAGACUCCACUACACAGUCUACCAAAACUCAGCCAAUAUUAUAUGUUUUCCUUUUUCAGUAGUGAUUGAUGAAUUAAAUUCAGAUUGUUUGACAAGUCAAUGCAGAAAACUGCCAAAGGAAAGAUUCCCAGAGCCAAGAACUCCACUAGAGUCCAAAUGGUUGGUACUCGAUGCAGUUUGGGGUCAGCUUUGUCCAGACAACUAUCCCUGCUAUACUGCAAAGCAAUGGGAUCCAUUGAAGUGCUUGCUUUUCCAUGAAAGUGGUGUCAAUGGCGGAUAAAAAGAUUACAUCUUGUAAUGAUGAACCGCCGCGCAGCCCUCAAAAGGAAGAUAAUUUCCAAAGGGGUGUCUGUGAAUUCAGGUGGUUCGAAAUUCCGGGCCAAUAGGCUGCUCGAGAACAUCAAGGAGGAAGAAACUGCUGCUGAAUGGCAGCAGCAGCAGCAGAUCAGUUGCCCCCAACCUCAAACCCCUACGGAAUCCAUGGAGUUCUUGGCUCGAUCGUGGAGUGUUUCCGCCGUGGAGCUCUCCAAGGCUCUUUGGAACACAAAUGGUAAUGCCGCGAAACCUCCAUUGGGGUCUGAACACGAACAUCAUGAUCAGCCCUUGUUGGCAUCGGAUAGUCCUCCAGAGUCCCCGAGAAGCAGUGAUGAAGCCAAGGAAUUGUUUGUGCUACAUCAAGCUCUCAAUCCCGAAUUCAUCUCUAACCAACAAUUGAUCAGAAACAACGGGGUGUAUAGAAACCUGAUCAUGAAACGGAAAACAAUGGGGAGAUGGAUGAAAGAUCAGAAGGAGAGAAAGAAGCAGGAGAUCAGAGCCCAUAACGCCCAACUCCACGCCGCUGUAUCCGUGGCUGGCGUUGCGGCUGCCGUGGCUGCUCUCGCAGCUUUGUCGGUGGCUUCUCCGGAAAAGCACAAACAGCCUUCGAAAUUGUCUGCUGCAUUUGCAUCUGCAGCGGCUCUAGUGGCGUCUCACUGCAUCGAGAUCGCGGAGGACAUGGGAGCCGAGCACGACCACAUUUUGUCCGUCGUGAACUCUGCAAUCAACGCCCGGACUAAUGGCGAUGUCAUGACACUCACGGCAGGGGCUGCCACAGCCUUAAGAGGUGCGGCCACAUUACGCGCGAGGCUGAACAAGGAGCUUGGCGGAGGUUCGACCAUUUCUGCGACGGACGAAUCGAACGUCUCGAUCGCUCUGAACUUUGUAUCCAAAGGCGGCGAACUUCUCAAGCGCACGAGGAAAGGGGAUCUGCACUGGAAGCAAGUGUCGAUCAACAUAAACUCGAACUGGCAGGUUGUGGCUAAGAUGAAGAGCCGGCACAUGGGAGGAACAUUCACGAAGAAGAAGAAAUAUGUGGUGUCGGGUGUGGAGAGCGAGAUCGGCGCUUGGGUGGGGCGGGAGGGGGAGGAGAAGGCGUACAUGGCUAUAGAGACGGCGGAGCGGGUGAUCGAAUUCGAAUGCAGAAGCAGGGAGGAAAAGCAGAUGUGGGUAGAGGGCAUUCAACAUAUGCUAAAUUUGCAUAUUGUUUGAAUAAUAAUAAUAGUAGUAGUAUUUUAUUAAUCAAAUAAAAUGUUUUGACAUUUAUGUCAUUUGAUUUUCUGUAUAAAUUAAUUAUAUGUAUAAUAUAUAUAUAUAUA